AUGACUUGCUCCGAUGAUGAUCCUGUCGUCGCCUCCUACGACGUUCUCCUCACUGACUCGGAUAUUUCUCGCUAUGUCUUCCAAUACGUUGAUCGAGAGCAUGACCGUCCCUACAAUGACCAACAAAAUCAACGACCGAUUCAACUUCGACUCAAACCGCGCACCGGGCUUGUUGAAAUAGAAGUACCCAUCAGCACCCGAGAAAAUUACGACGUUAACAAGGGAAUGCGCUACGGCGAUGCGGUGAAGAAGAGCCGUUCAGCGCGCGAUGGAGGCGCUUAUGGUAUGGCAGGUGGCUUCACCGCUGGUAGUGGAACUGCAACUGCAGGGGGAAGAGUUAAGAUGGAAGCAAAUGGGGAUGUGGAGAUAUUGGAUAAUAAGAGGGCCGUGGAUUCUGCAUCAUUGAUGCGAGUGCAGUCACUCGGAGGUCGGAUAAAGCCUUCUGAAGAAGGCGAUCCCGUUUAUAUGCUGGCCACCUUCACAGAUAAAAACCUGCAUCUCUCACCUGUCACAUCGGUUGUCCAGUUUCACCCUCAACUUCACCACCUCGAUGCUUUGGAUGAGAUGCCAAAAGGAAAAGGCGCACGUGCUAAGAAGGAUGACGAUGACCGUCCUAUCGAGAGUGAAGCACGUGCAAUUGAUAUUAAAGUCAAGGCCGCUGAAGAUGGUGAAGCGGCUGCAAACGCUGGCAAUCUAGACCUUCUUAAGCAAAUGCAAGAUGAGAAAUGGAAAACCUUCGGUUGGUUUGACGCCGAGGCCGAGGAUUCUUGGGACACAUAUGAGAGCUUUAUGAUUCACAAGGAUACCGAAGAUCUCCCGUCCUUAGAAUCAAUCAUUGAUUCGGAAGACUACCUCGAUAAAAUGAGCGCUCCUAGGAUUGAUCCUGCCCGCCCCGACCUGACUGGUUGGGCUAUGAAGGAAAAUCGCCGGAGACAAAGAGACGGUCAAGCAGGUAACGAGGCUCAAUAG